ACCAGAGAAAGGGAGUCUGUGGACUUUGUAGAAAUGAAAACAAGGGAAAGAAGAAGGUCUAUGGAAAGUGCCAGGGAGGUUAACAGGCAGAGGACGUCUGUCUGCUUGUAUUGGAUGUGAAGAAAUUCAGCACUUGCUGGACGGGUUCUCACCAGUGCAGAUGCACAUAAACUUCCUCCUGAGACAGACUCAUGGAAAACAGAUGUGGGACUGACACACAUAUCUGCCUCUCCCUCCGGGACCUGCCACUACUCCCAGGGGGGAAACCUGCACACCUACACCUGCCCUUAAAGUCUUCUUCAUCCCACUGACAAACAGACCAAACACCCCUCUUAGUGCAGUGCGUUAUCACAUCAGUACAGUAAUGGUGUACCCCUGAGGACUCUUUUGACCUUCAGGUUUCACAAGGAUAAGCUAGUUCAUGUGCCUCCAGGCAGUGCUUCCUCCCCUGUGAGUCAGGAAAUGAAACAUGCCAAAAGCAGAGCUUCAUUUGCCUACCAGGUCUAGCCUCACUGUUUCAAUUCAGGGCACUAUGGCUGUACUCAAGAUGCAUCAUCCCAUUCAAAGCCGAGUUUUGUUCAUUUUGAUGCUAGGUCUUCACGGUGGAGACUUUGCCAAGAAAGAUCCAGAAAGAAGGAACAUCCUUUAUGGAGAGAGGAGAGAGGAUCACUGUUCCUUUACCGUUAUGAUCCCAAAGGCAGAUACCCAGAAGUGCUCCAGCCCAGCUUACAUCACACGUGAGAUUCGGGAACUCCGUGCUGCAAACAACAACCUGACAUCCUUCUUCUCUGCCCUCCACGACCAAACGGUCAGACAGAGGGCGACGUUGGGAGCCAUGGAGAGGCGCUACAAGGACGACUACUCUGAGGACAUCAAACGACUGGAACAGGAAAACAGAUUCCAGAGUGCCCUCAUUAAGCGGCUUGAAGUUCUCAUCGACAGAAAAACAAAGGCAAUAGCCGCAAUACCAACAAGGGGUCUGGAGGAACGCCGUCCGAGCUCAUCCCUCGGCCUGGAAAAACUCUCCGACCUAGAUGCUGACCUUGUCCGCAAAAGGUUGGACGAGCAGGCCCACAUGAUGGACAUUCUGGAGCAGCUGACCAAGCGCUUGGAUGGAGAAAACAGAGACCAGGACGUGAUGGGGGCCAAACUGGACAGCAGGGUUGCCGAGCUCUCAGACACGGUGGUGUACCUGUCCACUGCCUUUAAGACACUGGAGAAGGAGUACCGCAGGAAGAUGACCCAGCUGCAGGACAUCGUGGUGGGGCAGGAUGCAGGCUUCGCCAAACACAAGGUGGAAUCACUGCAGAGACAGCUGCUAGUGAUGCAGAAAACAAACUCCCACCUGCAGCAUGCCCUGGUCAACCAGUCACGCACCAUCCGAAACCUGCGCCUCAAAGUCAAUACCUUGUUCCGUCAGCAAGAUGGGCUCUUGUUGGCUGACGAUACAACACAGACAGUUGCCACCACUGAUCAGUGUGGUAACCUGACCCACGUGUCCAGCCCCACCACCCACAGGAGCACCCCCACCCUGUAUGGCUCCUGGAUGAAGGACCCCCUGGCCUGUAAAGCCGACAGGAACACUAUCUGGCUGAUGGAGGAUUGGUACAGCAAUGUUGUACUGGAGUAUAGCGACAUGGAGAACUUCCUAGCAAAGAAGGAGGCUGAGGCGUACAACCUUCCGUACAACUGGUGGGGAACGGGACAUGUCAUCUACAAGGGGGCACUCUUCUACCACUCCCGCAACAAGAUCGUCAAGUUUGACUUCAUGCAGGAGGAAGUGGUGGCCGAGAGAAAGCUCAGCAACAUUGGCCCGUACCAUUACCAAUGGGGAGGGGCAACUCUGGUGGACUUUGCUGUUGAUGAGAAAGGCUUGUGGGCUAUCUACGCUGCCCAGGAGAAUUACGGGAAGCUUGUGGUGAGCAAGAUGGACCCUGACGACCUCUCCUUUACCCAGACAUGGAUUACUGACCAGCUGAAGACUGAUGCUGGCAAUGCCUUCAUGAUCUGUGGAGUCCUGUACACUACCAGGUCUGGUAUCAAGGAAGACAUCAUCAGCUAUGCCUUUGACACAGAGACUGGGAAAAGCAACAGCCUGAACAUCCCCUUCGUCUCCAAGUACGGUGCUACCUCCAUGGUGGACUACAAUCCCAAGGAUAAGAGGAUCUAUGCCUGGGAUAAUGGCAACUUGGUGACAUAUAAUGUGACCUUAGAGACAUUUGGGAAAACCUAGUAGUGGUAAAUGUUAUUACGCUCAGCAAGAAAUUGUAACAUAAAAUGUAUAAUCUGCUUUAUCUAUAAUUUUUAACCAAAACAAUGAUCUUGCUAAAAGUACCUCAAGUAAGUACCUCAACGUACAUUUUGAGAGAUUGUCAAAUUUGUAUUAUUGAUAAUUUUGUCAAAUUUGUAUUAAUUUUGUAGAAAUAUGGAAGGGACAAAUGGCAAUAUGUUGUGAAUAGUUCUUUCUCCAGAAUAAGAUCACAUUUUGCCAACUAACCCUUAAAGGUUUUAUAUGUAAAUAAUGUCACCUCAUAACUGAUAUACUGCCCCACUUAUGUACAUGUGACUAACAGUUGCAAUGAUUUAUACAAAUGUAGAAUAUUCUGUUUAGCACACUUAACGAAAAGUCCUGUACAUGACUGUAUAAACUGAGUGUAUGGUACAUUUUGUAUGAGGAAAAAUUUAACUUCGGCAAUGCUGAUGAACAUAAAUUCUUCAUAUGUUCUAUUACUAAAAGAAGAAAUGUCGUCAACAACAUAUCCUAUAUAGCAUUACUGUGAUAGGGGUUCAUGAACAUGAGAUACAAAAGGAAAGAUGGUUUACACAUGAAACAAUAUCAAUGCUCCAAAUGUACACCAAAACUUUGCAGUCCUAUUCACAACAAAUUCUGAACAAUGGAAAAUUUUAUCAUUGUAUAAAACACAAGGCCUAUACUACCUAGCUCCUCAAGUGUACUGAAAGCUUUCUUAUACCCAUCAUUCAGGCACAAACAUAGAAGGAAACCUAUAUGUAUAUUGUAUAUUCUUUGCAAUAAAAGUCUGAAGAAAACCUA